AUGGCAAUAGCAGCAGCAAAAGCAGCGAACGAUUCUGCAUACAAUACAUUGGCUAAAAAGUUGGGAGAAUUGGAACCUGGUGCCACCAAAAAGAGUGUCUUAGCAAAAAUAAACAGCCUGAGGUCAGCUUUUCGCAAAGAGCAAAAGAAAGUGGGGCAUCAAAGAGGUCUGGAACAUCUGCAGACAGACACCCCAAAAGCGUCAACUUCAAAUCUGGACAGUGAAAGUGAGGAGGAAUCGGCUGACAAUCCACUUCCAGUUAAAAAAGAUGUAAACGUUGAUGUUGAUGUUGAAGGUUCUACAUCAGCAUCUGAGAAUGUUUUAGCAAAACAACAAAGGACGCCAAUUUCAAGGCCUGGUUUGAAUAAAAAAAGAAAGAUUAAUGAUGAUAUGUCAACAAAAGUACUUACUACAGUGCGCGACCACUUCAAAGCACCAAGGGAACAAUCUGACCGUUAUUAUCUGAUAGGAAAACAGUUGCUGUGAGAUUGAGAAGUCUAGGAAAACGUCAGGCCCUCAUUGCGAAAAAAAAUAAAUUAGGUGCAAUUUGAGGCUGAAAUGGGUUAUCUAAUUACAUCGCCAAUGGAUCAUUAUAAUAUAUCAGUAAGACAAAAUCCUAAUACCACACAGACGACACCGUCAUCGUCUAUAGGUGCUUUAAUUAUCGAAACUCAAAACAACGGAAAUGGACAAUCCCUCUACUCUCACAACAACUCAGCAAUCUCAUGUAUUAAUAAUUCUACUCCAAGUAUGGCACCGUCAACGUCAAGAAAGACAUCUAGCUCAUUAGCAGACAUUCACUAUCCUGACAAAUCAACACCUUCUUAUUUUAAUAAUAUGAGUAAAAAUCCAACACUGCCAGAAAAUUAUUAUUCACAGAACAACUCAGCAUCCUCUUAUUUUUCUUAUUUUAGUGAUGUAUGAAGAAAUUAGGCAACAAAAAUGUAACUUAACUUUUCUUCGUAAAAAUAAAAGCAGUUUUCUAGUAAGAAAUGUUUUAAUUUCCCUUAUUAAUUAUAAAUUGAAAAUAU